AAGUUGUUAUUGUAAAUUUUUUUUCUGUGGCUAGUUCAUUGACAACAUAAUUUGAAAUUUUGCUUUACCUAAAUUAAUGAAUCAAUAAUAGUUAUUAAUUUCUUAAAUUUGGACAUAAAUAGAAACAUAAAAGUUCACAUUAUAUUUUUUGUUUUAACAUUUAAUCAUGAAAGCUACUCUGAUUUUUGAUAGUAUCAAUGAUUUGUUAUUUUCAAAAUGGGACGACAUGUUUAUAAAACGGAUGAAAUGUUUCAAUGAACAGGUAAAUGAAGAUCUGAAUGACAGCCAUAAUAUAUCACAACUGCUGUCUCCCAUUAUUACAUCCCAACGGGUGAUGGCUGCUCAGUUUGGUAAUACAUAUUCUUCUAUGCAAUGUAAAGACAAAACUACUAUUGUAUUUGAUGAGUGGUUAGAUCAUGUGUUUAUAAUAAUUAGUGAAGAUAAGGUUGAAGAUGCUCAUAGGGAAUUACUUGACUGUAAAACAUUUGUGCAGCAUAUAUGUGGACAAAAUAUUAACUUGUUGCAUUCUCCAAUAUAUAAAGAUUGGUUAUCAGUGCUCUUGGAAAGUCGAGGCAAAGGCGAUUCUAUACCUGGCGCCAGUGGCGUUAUCGGCGAAAGUGGAGUCAUUGUUACUGCGCUAAACGCUCUCAAGUCGGCCGUUAAAGAAAUUAAAUGCUCUCCUUACCAGCACUAUCAUCUUAUGUUAUAUGUUGGUGACAAGUUGCUUGCACUUUAUUCCAGUAAAGGCAGUGAAGAUUUAACACCUCCUGAUUUAAUAUUACUGAGCAUUCAGUGUGUUGCUGCUCAAGAAUAUUGGAAAAAUGUGGAGGAAAAAAAUGACGAUGUUCAGAAAACCCGGUUACCUUGGUUAUCUCAAGAGAACAGUGCGAUUGUGAAUGUCUGUGCGGGCACUGCAGCUAGCCCGUGCGCACCCUAUUCAAUGCACCUCGCUGAAGUAGCUCCACGUAUCACAUUUGUUAUACUUCUUGAUAUGGAAUUAAGGGAAGUGGGUAUUGCCGUACAUAUGUCAAACCAAAUAUUGUCAAAUUUAAGGAGGCUGUUACUGCAAAGAAAUUUAGAGAUGGUACCUAACACACUUGAUACUUUAGAAGUUUCACUAAAAAAGGACACAAAUUUCCUGGACUCGAAAUUAAACAAUCCCUUAGGUAUAGCAGCUGGUUUUGACAAACAUGGUGAUGCUGUAAAUGGAUUGAAAAAUAUUGGUUUCUCCAUUAUUGAAGUUGGUUCAGUAACACCAGAACCACAGCCUGGUAACCCAAAGCCAAGAGUAUUUAGAUUACCAGAGGAUGAAGCUGUUAUUAAUAGAUAUGGUUUUAAUAGUGAAGGCCAUGACAAAGUCUAUAAAAAGAUAUGUAACAUUGACAAAACAUUAUUAGACAAUUGCUUAUUAGGAAUAAAUUUAGGUAAAAAUAAAGUGUCAGAAAAUGCUGUUCAAGAUUAUACUCUGGGUAUAAAGAAAUUUUGUGAUGUAGCUGAUUAUUUUGUUAUAAACAUUAGCAGCCCAAACACCCCAGGAUUAAGAUCUUUACAAAAAAAGGAAGAAUUACAUGAACUUUUGACAGAAAUAAAUAAAACAAGGAAUUUAGUUCAGUCAACAAAAAAGAUUCCCUUACUUCUGAAACUGGCUCCGGAUUUAACUAUAGAAGAAAUAAAAGAUAUAGUUUCUGUUAUUACAAAGAAAGAAAGUAAAGUUGAUGGUCUUAUAAUCUCAAACACUACUAUAGACAGACCCUUAUUAAUAAAUAAAACAUUUCCAAAUGAAACUGGAGGACUCAGUGGAAGGCCUUUAGCAAAUAAAUCUACAGAAAUGAUUAGAAAUGUAUAUAAGUUAACAAAAGGUAAAAUACCAAUAAUUGGUGUUGGGGGAGUCUUCACUGGACAAGAUGCAUAUGAAAAAAUUUUAGCUGGUGCUAGUGCAGUACAAAUAUAUACUGCCUUUAUUUACCAUGGUCCUCCAGUGAUCACCAAAAUAAAAUCAGAAUUGGCAGAAUUAUUGGAAAGGGAUGGUUAUAAAAAUGUAAAUGAAGCUGUUGGUAAAGGAGUGAAAUGACAACAAAUGAUGGUUACGUAAUAAAUUUAUAUAAUAUUUAUAUAUUUAGUUUUUUAUUAUAAAUUAUAUUUUAUGUAGAGUU